CUGGAGACCUCAGACCUGGAGAAGAGGCUGAGCUCACUGUCCCGCUGCAGCCUGGCCAGCUCCGCCUCCACCUACAGCUGGACCACGUCCGUUGCCGGGGACGACCGCAGCCUGUCCAGCUCCUCCUCCAGCCAAUCGGACGCCAGCUACGGCAGCCGACGCCCCUUCUGGGCGGAGCCUCCGGCCCGGCCUCAGCACCUGUCCCACUACCAGGAGCAGCUGGAGCUGUCCCACCAGAAGCUGCAGCACGUGGAAACUCUGGGGGACGAAGAGCACAUCCGGAGGAACCAGCAGAAAUACGACUCACUGGCCGAGAAAACCCGGGAGAUGGGAUACAAGAUGAAGAAACACAUGCAGGACCUGUCCAACAAGAUCUCCCGACAGGGUCUCCAGCACAACGAGCUGUGA